AUGGCCAAAGAAGUCUUAGAUUAUUUUCAACUCAAAGAAAAAGAAAUUUAUGUUGAUUGCACUUUAGGUAGCGGUGGUCAUUCCCAAAUCUUAUUAGAAAACUGUCCCCAAACCAAAGUAAUCGCUUUCGACCAAGACCCCGCGGCCAUUUUUCGUUGUCAACAAAACCCGUUUUUUUCUUUCCAAACCAUUACUUUCAUCAAUGAUAAUUUUCUUAAUUUUUCACAACAUUUAACUGCCUUAAACAUUUUUCAAGUCGACGGUUUUUUGUUCGAUUUGGGCGUUUCUAGCGAACAACUAGCCGACAGCAAGAGGGGAUUUAGUUAUCGUCUUGAUGCCCCCCUAGAUAUGCGAAUGGAUACCAGAAGUCAAUUAACUGCUUAUGAGGUUAUUAACACUUAUCAGCAAAAAGAAUUGGCCGAUAUUUUUUGGGAUUAUGGUGAAGAGAGAAAAGCCAGAAAAAUAGCACGAAAAAUUUGCCAAGCCCGCCAAAAGGAAAAAAUUGCUACCACUCAACAACUAGUAAGGAUUGUGGCGGGUUGUCAAGAAAAAAAAACUUCAAAGCAUCCCGCACGGCGUGUUUUUCAAGCCUUACGAAUAGCCGUUAAUCAAGAAUUAAACGUUCUCACUCAGACCCUAGAAAAAACUUUUCAAUUUUUAAAAGAGGGAGGGAAAAUUAUCGUCAUUAGUUAUCACUCACUAGAAGACCGAAUUGUUAAACAAAUGUUUCGCAAGCAUAGUAAACUUGGUUGGCAAAUACUCACCAAAAAACCCUUAAUGGCCUCGCCGAAAGAAGUAACAGAAAAUCGUCGUGCUCGCAAAACGGACGGUAUUAAGUAUUUCCGCCCCGAAGUAUUUAGACAAUUAGAGAAAAUAGAACUUUCAGAUGUAGAAAAACAAGCCGAAGAAUUAAUAGGAGAAGAAAUUGCAGUUAUAAGAGGAAGAACUCCCCAAGAAAUUAAGAAGGGAGUUAUUGAAUAUAUUGAUAGAAUACUAGCUGAGACUUAUGUUUGA